AUGCAUCUAUUGAAAAAAGUGAUUUUUCAUAAAGGGCAUGAGCCUCGGUCGGUUUCUCCGCAACCAACAUCAUCACAAGCGCCUGUCACUACCGAAGAAGUAGAAGAAAAAGUUGACGAUGACCAAACAGACAGUGGUACUGUAAAAUUCACUGAUCUGCCA